AUGGCGGAGCGUCACAGUAUUGAGCGUUCGGAACCGCCUUUUAAGCGAAGAAAGAUCAGAAAGGGCACAAAGUCGUGCUGGGAAUGCAGGAAACGAAAAAUCAAAUGCCAGUUCGAUGGCCCGGAUGACGCAGUAUGCGUCGGCUGCAAGCAGCGGGAGACAGCUUGUCGAAGCCAGGAGUUUGACGACAGCAGUGGUCCAGAGCCGGGACAGAAGCCCGAACCACCAUUGGCAAAGAGGCUUGAUCGUCUUGAGCAGAUGAUGGAACGGAUCGUGAACAAGAUCGUGCCCGACGAUGUGCCCGACCGAGGACCCAGUUCAAGCCAGCAGGCGCACAGCAGGCGCAGUCGCUCUGCUUCGGCCGGCGAAAGUCAUGCUCGAGCGGGCCACGUCUCGUCACCUGACGGCCUCGAAGCUUCUCACGCCCGCGAUGGACCUAUUGCUGCAUUGUUGGCAAUGCAGCAUGAUGUUGGUGGGGCCUCGGAAUCAGCACCACUUGCGACGCCAGUUCUGACUUCCGCCGAGUCUGCCGCCUCCACCGUCCCGGUCGUUUCCACCCCGAAGGAGGACAGCACAGAACCGCAGACACGCUCAGGCCGAGAAAUGCCGUCACCGAAGCACUUCUGGGUUUGCACCACGGUGCGUUCCGUCAUCCCGAAGCCGGGUGUUCUCCAGGCGAUCGUUUCAGCCAGCCCCGGUGCUCCGUAUAUCGCAGCCCUAUGUUAUAGCGACGCUGAGCGGCGAGCUGGCAAGGUCGAGCCUGCAUCCUCCUGGGCUGUGGUGCCGCCCAUCUCCUCACACCCGCUUAUUCUCGCCAGGAGGGCACUGCAGAGUCUCAUCUGCAUUCAGCAAUUACCGCCCGCCUUUGACUGGGACGCUCUGGGAAUAGGGAUCUCUCAGGCAGAGGCCAUGCGCCGAUUGGACACAACCUGCAUGCUUGCCACCUCAAACGACGAGCUGGUUGGUUAUGCUGAGGGAGUCGAGUGCCUGAUUCUUCAUGGGUACUAUCAGGUCAACGCCGGCAGCCUUCGUAAGGCCUGGAUAACGUUCCGGCGGGCCAUUAACACGGCACAGAUCAUGGGUAUAGACCGUGGUCACUCUGCAGCCUUCCGGUCGUGCGAUCCCAAAAGCGACCCCACGCGGAGACCUUCAGCCGCGACGCUGUGGCACCGCCUUCUCUUUUCCGAUAGAUACCUGUCCCUCCUGCUGGGUCUUCCGGUCUGCAGCCAAGAUGAUCAAAGUGUCUACGAGUUGGAGGGCCCUCGCGGAACAGCAGUCGAGCGUCUCGAGAGGGCACAUACGGUCUUUUCGGCCAAGAUCCUCGACCGCAACCAUAUCCAGCGUCGCAAAAAACGUUGCGCCACGCAGAAUACCGCAUCCCGUGAAUAUGCCCUCACCCAAGAGAUAGAUCUGGACCUCGAAGCAGCCGCCAAGAACAUGCCUUUUGGCUGGUGGGACGAACCCAAGCUUGACCCUUUCGCUCCUCUGAACACUCUCUGGGAGGCCACAGAGAGGAUCAUCUGUCAGAUGCACCACUUUACGCUCCUCAUCGUGCUCCAUGUUCCGUACAUGCUCCAUGAGCCAUGCUCGUCACGUUAUGACCACUCCAAGAGCCAAUGCCUGACCGCUGCCCGAGAGCUGCUCAGCCGAUUCAUCUCCUUUCGGAACCACAAUGUUUCGGCCUACAGCUGUCGGAGGGUUGAUUACGCAGCGCUCAUAGCGGCCAUGACACUAUGCCUGUCGUACCUGGGCAGGAGGAAGUGGGAGGUUUGGGACCGGACCAGAAACGACCGAGAGUUGGUAGAAUCGACAAGAAGGAGGAUGGAGCACGUGGCAGGCCUGACCGAGGACAGCCUGAGCAAGGAGGCGGUGGGUAUCAUCGAGCGGCUGGCACCCAUAAUCGAAAAGGCGGCCGGAAAAUUGCAGGCACGGGACAGGAAGGAAAUGAACUUCAACGUUCCGUAUCUUGGAUCGAUCAACAUCAAGAUGGCCAACAGCAACAACAACCCGGAAAGCACCUGGCAACAUCAGCAGUCCGCCACAGCAGAGCUCGGUCCCACACACCCGCAAGGCCAGCACAAGUCGCCGGCUUUUGGCUCAUUCGACGCGGCGUUCUUGUUCGACGACGAGUUCCUCUCCCUUGCGCCUUAUGAUGACCAGGCGCCGUUCGGCUCGGGGGCAGACCUGAGCGCGGAGCCUGACCUUACCGCCGACGGAGGGGACUGGGCUCUCCAGGGCGUGGAUGCAGCAUACUGGUCGCUUUUCGAAGGAGUGAUGUGA